AUGCGAGGAAAGAAACAUUUGAGCGACUCACAGCAAUGGAGAAUUUCUGUGUUUUAUUAUGCUCUGAGUGUUGUUAGUUGCAUAGCAACGCCUCACUGCUACCAACAUACAGUCACAAAUCUGACCAAUCACAGUGAUUUUAGCAACGACGUGAAGUUGGUUACGAUUAGAGAACAUCGAGACAAAACACAAUGA